AGCGGCGGCGGCGGCGGUAGCGGCGGCUCGGCAGGAGCGAGGGCGGGAGCGGCCGAGACCAUGGCUGGAGGUAAAGCUGGAAAGGACAGUGGGAAGGCCAAGGCUAAAGCAGUAUCUCGUUCACAGAGAGCUGGACUACAGUUUCCUGUGGGCCGUAUCCAUAGACACUUAAAGACUCGCACCACAAGUCAUGGAAGGGUUGGUGCCACUGCUGCAGUGUACAGUGCUGCGAUUCUGGAGUACCUCACUGCUGAGGUGUUGGAGCUAGCAGGUAAUGCUUCCAAGGACCUCAAAGUGAAGCGGAUCACUCCACGUCACUUGCAGCUUGCAAUCCGUGGUGACGAAGAAUUGGAUUCUCUCAUCAAGGCUACCAUAGCUGGGGGUGGUGUGAUCCCUCACAUCCACAAGUCUCUGAUUGGAAAGAAGGGACAGCAGAAAACUGCUUAGAGAGUUGUUUUAACCAACCCUCUUCUUCCCCAUUAUUGUACUGUUACUGAGACAGAAGAAAUAGUGGGGAUAUGUGGAAUUUUUAAAAAACAGUUAAAUGGAAAAGCAUAGAUCAUUACUGUAGACAUGAUAAAAGAAACAUUUGUACGUUCUUAGACUCGAAGUUUGAUAAAAGUACUUUUUCUUGUGG